CAAAAUCAGCUGUUGACCGGUGUUAACUGUUGUUAUUUACACAACCCGCGGCAAAUAAUUAUAUUGAAAAAGCGCGGUUUUCUUAGUUCUGCGAAGCCAUGGAAACAAGGAAGCUUGCAUUAAAACAUUUACAAUCCUUCAUUGAUGAAUCAGAGCAAAAAAUAAACAGCAUUCUAGAAAGUCUCGGUUGGAGUAAAGAAAGUGUGAUAAACUUGAAUAGCGACAAACAUAAGGACGAUGGUAAAGAUAUCCAAAAUACUUUAACCGAUGCAACCGACAUGUUUCCUCCUUCCUUCCAACCAAACAAUAGUUCUUCCUCUAUUCGGCUAGACAACAUUAAACAAGCAGAAGCAAUAUUGGAAGAAGUGUAUCAGAACCCCUCGUUUGAAUUAGGCGUCUCGUUAGAAGAACUAGUGAACCGUGGCCCACCGGUAAACCUCGAAGAUUUACAUACAAAUUUUACACGAGACGAGCGUUUAUCUUUAUGUCAGCAUGUGCUGAAAAAUACUACCAAACCACCUGACGUGCCGGAAAUCAAGAUAAGGUUCAAGCGCGAUGCACACUCGGAAGAGAAACCUACGUCGCUGACCGAAAUAGCAGCCAUCGAACGUGACGCUCGAAGACGGAACCCGAAACACAGAGUUUCCAGAAAUCCUCUAACGUACAGCGAAAAGGUGAGGCAUUUGAUUCAAGUUCAAACAGAUGCUUUGGCUCAUCAUUUCGCCCAGUCCACAUCGAGUGCUGAAACAAGCGAUGGGAACAGAAGGAAGCAAUUGAAACACGCCCGGAAAUCUCGCUCCAACUCCUCCGAGCCGGCUCGUAAUCAGAGAAAGAAAAAACGUCACCGUAGUCGGUCCCGAGAACGUUCCAAGUCCGGUGAACGAAAGCGACAAAAAUUGCACAAGAAACACAAGAGAGAGCAUUCAUAAUCAUUCAUAAGACACCUGUUUAUUCGCUAUAUUCACCAAUGCAGAGGCAUGCAUUGGUUCCACCAAAGCCGAAGGAGUUUUUCAACGCGAUUCGCCGGCGAUUUCCUUCCCAAGGUUCUGAGCUGUUGGCCACAUAAUGUAAUCCUGCCAUAUCAUCCGUGACGUUGUGCAGGUUCACAGUCGGCGGGAGCACACCAUGUCGGCAAGCCAUCACAACGAACAAUGCUUCCAAGUUACCUGCCGCACCGAGCAGAUGUCCGUGAGCGCCCUUAGUUGAAGAGACAGCGACCGAUUUAGUGUGCUCUCCGAAAAGGGUUCUAAUCGAGCGAGCUUCUAUGGCAUCUCCAAUCGGGGUGGAUGUGGCAUGGGCGUUAACGUACCCGAUAUCGGCUAUUGUCUUGCCCGCAUCGGCUAUCGCUCGCUUCAUGGCCAGGAGCGCACCCGUACCAUCUUCACGCGGUGCCGUCAGAUGGGACGCAUCGCCAGACAACCCGUAACCGAGUAUCUCACCGUAAAUUUGUGCACCCCGGCGCUUGGCAUGUUCCAAGUCUUCCAGCACGAAAAUGGCCGAUCCCUCGCCCAUUACAAAUCCAUCGCGACGUUCAUCGAACGGUCUGGACGAUGCGGUGGGUUCAUCAUUAAAUGCCGUGCUUAGUGCGCGCAGCCGACAGAAUCCAGCAAUGCCCAGUGGACUUAUACAUGCUUCCGCACUGCCACAAACCAUUACGUCCGCAUCACCGUGCUGAAUGAAGCGAAACGCAUCACCUAUUGCGUGGGCACCUGUUGCACAUGCCGUAGAUACCGCGUGAUUAGGUCCCCGGAAUCCGUACCGUAUGCUGAGCUGGCCGGCCGGCAUGUUGGGCAAAAUGCGUGGAACGAAAAACGGACUGACUCUGUUGUAACCCUUCUUGAGCGCUUCGUUCGUCUCGCAAAUGUCCAUCAGAUCAACCAUGCCCAUCCCGAUAGCGACACCCGUACGUUGGCAGGCUUCUUCAUCGUCAAUCGGCGGUGUCCAAGCUGCCAUCGAAAGCGAUUCUUUGGCGGCGAUCAGUGCAAACGCGGUAGCCCGUGCCAUCGUUUUCAGCUCUGUUUUGGAGAAACAUUUCUCUAAAUCUAUCUGGUCCGUGUUGAUGGUGGCAGCUACACGGCACGGAAGCUUAUCGUACGUCUCGCCAGCCAGUCGUCCAAUCUUCGACUGGCCCGAAAGAAUCGUUCGCCAAGCCGUUUCCACAUCACAGCCAACCGGCGACACCACACCUAGCCCAGUUACCACAACACGGCGACGAUCACUGUUUGUGGAGUAGUUGGCAUGCGGGGACUGAUAUUGACUGCGUAGCAGAGAGAACAAGCUUUUGCGGGCCCGCAGAAAGCAGUAACUAUGAAUAUUUGAACUCAUGAUUGGUCGUGGUGUAGAAACAGGAUCUUAGUUAAUGCAAAAUAAAAACAGUACUGCGA